GGCUACCUUCUAACCUCCAUCAUGUUCAAGGCGCGCGAAGCCCAGCGACGAUUCGUUAACACCGUGCGUGUACCCUCUUGUACCCGAAAGGAGCGUGCAUUAGUGCGGGAACGUCACCGAACGAGUGGAGGAACCAGCCCAAAGACGCUCGCUGAUGAGUUCGGGAUAUCUACUACAGCGAUCAGCAAUUAUAUUCGAAAUGCUUCCAAUGACAACGUUGCUUGGGACCAGGAGUAUCUCGACGGCAGCAGACCGGAUUUCUUCGGUCUUGAUUAUGGUGUCAAGGGUAAGAGUGGCACUAUUCCACAAUUUUUUUCAUGUUUGGAUAAAUCCGUCACAAAAGAUCUCUUUGAUCAAACAUACGUGGUAGCAGGUCUUUCGGCUUCAUCCGCAACCGUAAAGAUUCCAUCAACAACCGAUGUGCCUGAAAAGAGUACCACGACGAAACGGGUGCCCUCCCAGGUCGGAGCGGAACCAGACGCAUCGAGCGACGCUUCUUCGUCGGGUUCCACUCCUGAAUCACAGGAUUCUACCUCGUCUACUCCCUCUUCCAACGAUCCGGAUCCGUCCGCCUCCUCUGAUUCCAACAUUCCACCCGCUAUUUCUCGAAAACGGCCACGAUCACAUUCUGCUGUCUCUUUGCACAUACCUCCAGCCAUUUCCAGGAAAAAGCCGCACCUAGACGCUUGGGAACCAAAGACUGAUGUCCAGAAUACUGUCGACUCCGGGCAAAUCACCCUUUCAGCAGUGGAAACUUCAACUCCGACAGUGGUACCCUCAACUUCAACUUCUAAACCUAUAUCGGCUCCAGUUGGACCUGUAACGCGUCGGAUCGCUGGGCGGAGAGGCCCGCUCGUAAUCAAGAGUCGAGCUGUGCCUCAUCUUCCCACACACAAGUUGAAACCAGCACAGCCCAACGCCGCUUCUAACGGCGUAGGAAGCCUGCCAAUCAAAGGAAAAGAAGUUCCAACGAAAUCUAUCCUUACCAACAAAGAUUCGGGCCAUCCAACUGUCGACGGAUUCCUCCGUUCACUCAAUAAACUACAUGUCAAGGCGCAAUUCGAUAAGUGUGGUAUACGUACCCACCAGGAUCUCCUUGAAGUGUCCAAACAGAUCAGCGAAACCCCCCAAAACCGCGAAGAUUUACGGAAGACGUUCAUAGAGCAGGGAAUGUCCAUUGCAGAUUGGUUCACUAUCGUUGCAGGGGUACAGAAGUAUGCGGACAACUCCAACUAAUUAUCGGACGUGUUUUGGAGAACCUUGGACACCUAUUAGAAAUCGCGUUGAUCGUUCUCGUAUUCUGUCUGUCAUCAUGACAUCGGUACUACCAAAUGUUAAUUAUCCCAGUUGUGCAAACAGCACUUCCAGACUCUCUUUCCCAUUGUUGC